AUGACGAAUAAUAGCCAACGAAAUCGUGGUCCCUACGAUGUUGAACGAAAUCUUGAAGAUGUGACAUUGAUUUGGUGUGAUCCAAAUAUCGAUGAUUCAUCUGACUCACAACACACACAAACAUUGCUGAGAGAAUCAAAUAAUUAUGCUCAGUUUUAUACCGAUCCGCAGCUAUGUCUCGAUUUUAUCCGAUCUAUCAAAGACGAGAAAAUAUUUCUUGUUAUAUCGGAUGCAUUUGAAAAACAAAUUGUACCCGAAGUCUACUCACUUUCAACGGUCAAUUCAAUAUUCAUAUUCUGUACUGAUCAUGAGCAUUACACAUCGUUAUCUCACCCAGAUCAAUCUAAGAAAACUAUUCGAAUGUUUGCUGAUAAACAAGCAUUAAUCAAAUCGAUGCGGUCUAGAAUUCAUCUUGUCACAAAACAGACAAUGGAAUUCAGUUUAUUCGAUGAAAACAGACAAAAAUCUACUAAAAACCUUUCAAAAGAGUCUGCCUCUUUUCUUGGUUUUCAAAUUUUAUUUACUAUUUUAAGAAAAAUUCCACGAACUGAUCAAGCUCUUCAUGACAUGCUUGAGAAAUGUUCAGACUAUUAUCGAUCGAAUAAUGCUGAAUUAAGAAAGAUUGAAGAAUUUCGAAUGACAUAUACGAUGGACAAAGCUGCUGAAUGGUAUACAGCUGAUUCAUUUGUCUAUCGAUUAGUCAAAAAAGUAUUGAGAACAGAAGACAUUGAACUUCUUUAUCUAUUUAGAUUCUACAUUGUCGAUCUGUGUUCACAAUUGGAACGCGAACAUAAAAAGCUUUCUUCUACACAAGUAUUAACAUUGUAUCGUGGACAGGAAAUGCCAACAGAGGAAUUUGAAAAACUACAACAAAGUAUUGGCAUUCCGAUAUCGCCAAACGGAUUCUUUUCAACUUCAAGAUACCUCAGCGUAGCAUUUACCUUCAUUGCCAAUCGUCACAAUACAGAUGAAACGAAAACUGUUUUAUUUGAGAUUACAGCUGAUCCUCGACUUGAAUCUGUUAUUUUUGCUGAUAUUGAAACAUAUAGCCGUAUACAAGAGGAGAAAGAAGUUUUAUUUAGUUUGGGAGCCGUAUUCAUCAUCACACACGUAAGAUAUGAUUCAUCUAUGAAUAUAUGGAAAGUUUACAUGACGGCAACAGAUGAAGGAUCACAACAAGCAAAUGAAUAUUUGAAAUUUACACAAAAACAAAUGGAAGCGGAGUAUAGUCCAAUUAUUCUAUUUGGUUAUCUCCUCUGGCGAGAUGUCGGAGAAGUUGAUAAAGCUGAGAAAUAUUUUAAAAUAUUAUUGAAGUCGUUACCAUAUGAUCAUGAAGAUAUACCGUCUGUUUAUCAUCAAAUGGGAAAUAUAUUUUUUGAGAAAGGUGAAUGGAAUAUGGCAUUAGACUUUUACAUGAAAGCAUAUGAUUUACGUUGUCAACGUUUACCUUCCGAUCAUCUUCAGAUUGCCUCAUCGCUAAACAGAAUUGGCGCAGUUUAUGAAGACAAACAGGAUUUUGAUCAGGCUCUAGAUUACUGGAAGCGAUCAUUUGCUAUUUAUCAGAAAAAUUAUUCGAGUGAUCAUUUGAACAUAGCAAGGACAUUGGCAAAUAUUGGUAUAGUAUUUCGACAAAAGAAAGAGUAUGAUAAUGCAUUAGACUGUUUUACAAAAGCUCUUGAAAUGUAUAAACAUGUACUACCCGAACACCAUUGUAUAACUGCUCGAUGCUUAUGUAACAUUGGUUUCGUAUACGAAGUUCAGUUGAAUUUCGGUCGUGCACUUGAGUUCUAUUAUCAAACAUACGAAAUGAAUCAAAAAGUAUUACCUAGUGAACAUAUUUAUCUCACCAAGGAUCUGAAUGGGAUUGUUAAUACGUAUAAUAAGAAUGGCGAACGUGAGAAAGCUAUCAAUUUUUGUAACAUGAAAUUAGCUGAACAACGAUUAAACUUACCGAAAAAUCACCCUCGAAUCGGGCACACAUUACAAACCAUUGGCGAUAUAUACAGUGAAACAGAUAGUACUCAAGCAUUUUCAUACUAUCAUGAAGCACUAACGAUAUUUGAGAGAUGUACGCCACCAGAUCAACAAGCUAGAGCUGAUUGUUUAGAGCAUAUUGGUGAUUUAUACUACAGCCUAGGAACAUAUGAAUAG